UGCUCAAAGAUAAAUUGGCGGGAAAAUAUCUAAAAAGGACUGUAUAACACAGAGCUACGAUAAAGUCAACUAGCACCCGAAUAGAGUGUUUUCCUCUUCGGACGUUUACUAGACACGAUGGGAGACACUGAAAAAGUUUUUGAAAUUAGAUGCUCUGUACAGAAUUAUGCAUGGGGAAAACAUGGAUCAUCAAGUGCUGUAGCACAGCUUGCUGCAUCGGCUGAUAAAAAUUUGAAAAUUGAUGAAAAUAAACCAUAUGCAGAGUUAUGGAUGGGAACCCAUCCCAAUGGACCUUCAGAGAUAUACAAAGAUGGUCAGUGUAAAGGAAAGUUAAAGGAUUGGAUAAAACAGAAUGCAGAUUGUUUGGGUUCACAGGUCAGAGAGUAUUUUAAUGGGCGCCUUCCAUUCUUAUUCAAGGUGUUGUCUGUCAAUAACUCCUUGUCGAUACAGGCACAUCCAAAUAAGGUUCAUUCUGAAAAGCUACACAAAGAGAGACCAGACAUCUACAAAGAUCCUAAUCAUAAACCAGAAAUGGCCAUUGCUUUGACCCCAUUUAAAGCAAUGUGUGGAUUCAGACCAAUUCAAGAAGUGGCAGACUUUUUAACAAAAAUAGAACCAUUUAGAACAGCAGUUGGUAGUAAGAAUGCCAUUAAGUUAAUAACAGCAAGUAAAACUAAUGACAUGCCACUACACAGAGAAGCUAUGAAAUACUGCUUUACAGGACUAAUGCAACAAGGAACAGAUAUUGUAAAGAGGGAAUUAAAGAAGUUAUUUAUGCUUGUUGAACAAUUCAACACAGAGGGCAAGGAUGCAAGUAUUUUGAUACCAGAUAUGUUACAGAAACUAAAUACAGAAUUUCCUGGAGAUGUUGGUAUUUUUGCUAUUUACUUCCUCAACAUUAUAACUCUGAAGCCAGGAGAAGCCAUCUUUCUUGAGGCUGAUUAUCCUCAUGCUUAUUUAUCAGGAGAUUGUAUGGAAUGUAUGGCAUGUUCUGAUAAUGUAGUGAGAGCAGGACUUACACCAAAGUUUAGAGAUGUUCAUACACUGUGUGAAAUGUUAGAUUAUACUGGCCGUCAAAUAUCCAGAACAAAACUAAAACCAUCAAAAGUAGAUAAUUCCCAACCAGGAAUAGAGGAGAUCCACUUUACACCACCUAUAUAUGAUUUUGCAGUCAAUGUUAUAGAGGUAUCAAGUGGAUGUACUAAAGCAACCCUGCGACCUUUAGACAGUGCUAGUAUUGUUAUAGUACAGAGUGGUGAAGGCAUUGCCACUAAUUCUACAUUAAGCUCACCUCUUGGUGUCCGGGCAGGAUCUACCCUGUUUAUAUCUGCUAAUGAGACAGUAAAUCUAGAUAUACACUCACAAGGAAUGUUGAUAUUCAGAGCAUUAGCUGGUCUUUAACCAAUAUUUCAGGGAAUUUUAACAAUAGAGGGCUUUAUAUGAUUAUUUUGGGCUUAUUUUUUGUUAGUUUUGAUAAAAGCAUAGGUGUCAGCUUUCCAGAUUCAGUGGCCUGACUGGGAGUCUUUCAAUAUAUUUUUAAGAAUUUAAAAAAUAUUCCUUUGAAGUAAGGCCUCUUGAAAUGAAAAUCUAUUUUCUCUCAAACGUUAAUUUAAAAAUAAAAUGACAAAUUGUUUAUGAAUAACUGUUGGAUUAUAUGAUUAUAUGAUUUACAGCCCCCAAACUACCAGACAUGUUGCUUUAGCUGAGGAACCAGUGAUUUGAAUCAGGUUCCAUGGGAAAUUCAGACAAAACACAUCGAUCAUUAAACUGCAAAAAUUUGAUCAGAUAUGGAAAACAAUGUGACAAAGAUUCAAUUAAAAAUCUCACCCUGUUCCCCAUGUUAAAAUAUGGAAAGUUGACACUUGAUUUGUAGCCAUUCUUUUAAGUUACAAAUUGUACCUCAGUCUUAUAUCUUAUAUAAUGGGAUUGAUUGAAUUGUUAUUUUAUGUGAUGUAACGUCCAAGACCCUACAAUUAUAUUAUUCAUGCUGAAACCAAUUUCAAUCUGGAGAAAACUACAUUUUCAUGGGAAACUUUGGAUCAUUUGAUUCUCUUAUCAGUGUUUUGCCCAGGUUUGCAAUUGAUUGGUGAAUAUCACUCAUUGAAUCAUUUAUUUUAUUGAAAAUCCAGUCAGUGGGUGAUUUUAUUUCUCAGCAGCAAACAGGUUGGAAGUAAUCAUUGAAAUGUGAUAUAAUAAUAUUAUUGGGGGAAUAAUAUCCCAAAUAGGAUAUUUAUUUACUGUACAUUUUUUUUCGUUUUCAUUUUAGGGACAAUAUUACAAUGCAUAUUAUCUGGAUCAGUGCUAGGACUUUUUGGUGAAAGACUUUCUUUUAAGACUUUUUAUAAAUUGAUCCUAUACACCUAAUCGCUAUUUAUUCCAUUCUGGAUAAGUUCUAAAAUUACACAACUUUUUCAUCCAAUUGAAGCAAUCUGUGACCCUGUUUAAACAAUGCACCAUUCAUGAUAUCUCUCUAUCAAAUGGUCGCUUUCUAAAGUAUUUCCUCCCUCAGCUCACUACUGAUGACCUCUAUUUUCGGCUGCAUGACCCAAACAGGAAGUUGUGUAAAUGGCUGUUUUUCUCGGAUUGAACUAAAUAGCGAUAAGAUGAAUUUCUCAGUGUAUUGAAAACUUUUUUUAGAUUUGGUUUUAACGUUCCAAUUGGGUGAUUGGUUUUCAAUCAUGUAGAUGCGAUAAUGUUUAAUAUAUAUAUUAAAUUAUCAGGAGAAAUAUCACUUUGACAAGUGAUUUUAAUAUUUGUUUUAAGUUAAAAUUUAUCAUAUUUUACACCUCUGAAGCAGACACUCAACUCAUAAACGUAUGCUUGCUAGCCUGUUGCUCCAUACAUUUUGGAAAUUUUAACACAAAAUUGUAUUUUUUUAAACAAUUUUGAAAAAAUGUGUGAUAAAUGCAAAAUUUGGCCUGGGCAGAACACUGCCAUAGGUGUGAGUAACAUGUUUUAUUAACAACAAUUUAAAAUGUUUGCAUGGAUUGUUUGGACAUUUAAAGGAUUGUAUAAUGUAUUUUCUGUUUUAUUUGACAUUUUUGUCAGGUUGUUCAUAUGUCAUUUGUUCAAUAUCUUGUGAUUUGAACUUUGUUUAUAUUUAAGAUUGCCACAUCCAUGUAACUAAGUAAUAUUGGCAGCUUUGGUGCAUUUUAUGUAAUUUUUUUUAAUCUAUAUGUAAAAUACUCUUUGAUUUUCUCAGAUUAAAUCUUAAAUUUUGAGUUAAUAUGAGAUAUGUUUGAUAUUCCUUAUCAGCCUAAUUAAUUGAGUGAUUAAGUUUGAUUUUCUAUUUGAUUUUCUAUUUGUCAUAAAAUUAGAAUAUGUUCCUUUUUAUGAUAAGAGUAUUGCAAAAGCUUUAAAAUAUAAAAUAUUUUUAAACUUAAAAUAUUACUUGUUUAAGUUUCAUCUUUAAAAAUUUUUCUAGGGUGAUGUUUGUUAUGGUUUACAUAUUACUUACUUUUUACAGAAGGGGACUACCAAAGUUUCAUAUGAAAUAAGUUUUGUCUACAUUUGUAAGUUUUUCCUACAGAUAAUGAGCUUAUAUUAGGUUGUAUUAUGAGUAGUUGCACAUCUUAUGAGUUAAUUUUUUGUUUACCAUGGGACUUUACUUUAAGGCUUCUAAUUUGUUGUUUCAAGUUUUAUUACUUCUUAGUAAAAUGAAGUCUGGUAAGAAUCAUUAUCAGUAAAUCAGCUAACCUCUGUCUUAAUUCUUCGGUAGUGUUAAUCAGACUUUUCACUGAAAAUACAAUCAAAUUUUUUUCCAGUUUGGGUGAUCCUAAACUUUUCUUUUUGUUUAAGAAAGAUACCAACAAAUGGAAUGUUACAACUUUAUAACAGUAUGAUAAAUAAUCAAUAGUUUUAUUCAUACUAUGCACUUAGUUGUGUAAAUCCUAAUUUAGAUGAUCUUCAUGCAUGAUAUAUAGCUGUUAUAGAUGUAAUGAUUCAACUUUAACUUUUGAAUUACACCCUAAUGAAUUGAUCUGUAAAUUAAACAUCAAAGUUAAAACUCAAUUAUAUUCGUACGGUUUUAAAUAAAGAUGUAUCUCUAAAAUGUCAAAUUAAGUGGGAGGAAAUAUAUGGACAAAUUUACCUUGGAAAAAUAUGUGGUCGGGACUAAAAUUUUUGAAAAUUGAAAAUAAAGUAAAAGAAUUUCAAUGGAAAUCCUUGCACAAUAUUUUAUAUACUGAAGAAAGAUUAAAAAAUAUGAAGAUAUCAGAUGGAAAAUGCCACAUUUGUCAAAAUGACAAUAAUAUAGAAACCCUGCAACACUUAUUUUUCAGUUGUAGUACAUCACAGUUAAUUUUAAAAAAGCUCCAAAAAAUACUUAUUAAGUCAAAAAUAGGAAUAAGUAAUCCUUUUGGUGAAAAGGAGGUUCUAUUGGGUAUAAACACAGAACAACUAAAAUAUGAUAAUUUUUUAAACAUAAUAAUCAUAUAUUUUAAAUGGACACUAUGGAAAAUUAGGAAUUCAAUAAAAUUUAAUAAAACGCCUAAAACACCACAAGAUAUUUAUAAAAUCUGGAAACAAAACUUGAAAUAUAAUCUAAAAUUUGUUCUUCUUUUGAAAGGCGUUGAUAUCAUUGAUAAGACAAAAUUGGAGUCUGUAAUAAUGAAAAUUUAGACAUUUUUUAUACAGCUUGAGUCAAAGUACAUUUUUUAUGGUUUAUAGUAUUAGAAUAAUAAUUGUGUCAAAAACAAAUGAUAAAAAAAGUAUUAGCCUAUCAUGGUUAUUGUAGUAAAUGCACAUCUUUUAUGUGGGUAUCUUAUAAUUAUUUACUUACUAUUUUGAAAUUUAAGUGUAGAACUGUUAGAUGCUUCUAACAUUAUAUGGAUAUUAUAUUUUUUACACUAAAUGUAUUCCAAGGUUAAAAGUGGAUAACUUUUUUUUUAUUGCCUUCUAUUUCCCCUGGAUAGAUGGUUUCUUUUUGUAAACAGGGACCCUUAGCCUGAUCCUGGACGACUAAGGUAAUUGUACACAGGAAAUAUUUAGAAAUUAAAACGUUUGUAUGUCUUAAAAAAAACAAAAAAACAUUGGAGAAGAAUGAUUAAGGAAUAAGAUGUAUUUUUUCAGUAUUUUUUCAAUGAAUAAGACUAAAUAUGAAUAUAUUUAAAAAAAAAAUGAAAUGCAGUAUGUUUUACCUACACAAUCAGUGCCAUAAUCAUGUUCAAUUAAUCUAUUAUUGAUGUUACAAUUAUAGAUGAAUUUCUCAAAACAGUAUUCAGGAAAAUUUCAAUCUGAGCAAGCUACAUUAAAAGGAGUAAGUUCAGUAAGUGCCAUAUUUGGCCCCAUUUAUAAAGUUCAUGGUUACAAGACAAUUAUUGUUUUAAAUUGCCUCAAAGACAUGUGAGAAAGUUAAACAGAGCUGUUUUUGUCAAAGUUUAAUUCUAACACGUUGAUUUUUACAUCCCAAGAAGGUCAAGAUAAGGGAUUUUGGUGAAACUUGACAAAAUCAGCUGGAUUUCAACCAAAUAAAGGACCAGGAAAUAUAGAGCGCAGGCAUCGACAAGCUUAAUAUUCAAAUAAGAAUUGUUCAAUGUCUUCACAAACAUUAUUUUCAAAGAUCUUUGCUGUCAACGUAUGCGCUCUAUGUUUCCUGUCAAAUAAUCUUUGGAAAUUUACCCAUUUUCAUUGAUUUUUUCGUGAAAAAUCAAAAUGAGUACAACUUGUGACGUCAUAAUCAAACGCAGAAACGUAAAAUUUUCAACAACAUGGCUUAUAUAGUAUCUUGUCAAUGCAUUAGCUAUAAUUUAUCGUGAUGUUGGUAAAUAAAUUCGAGUAUGAAAUUAACGCUAAAAAAGGAGGCCAUUUUAAGACCUUAUCGAAUAUACUCCUUUACGUUUUUUUUUCUCAUGAUAUUUCUUUUAAGGUGUCAAGUAUUUGUAUAUUUGAACAUAGGAAAAGGUAUUAAUCUAAAAAAUUUAUAAAAGAAGAUGGAAAAAAUAAUUACUUACUUCUUUUUGUUAAUUUUUUUGUAAGGAAACUUUAUUUUGUGAUUUCUUCAGUUUCCAAACAUUUAUUGCUCAAACUUUUUAAUUACAAUGUACUAUGAACAUAUGGAUAAACAUAUUAAAAUUACAAUUAUAAGAAAUUUUUUAUGUGAUUAAGUGAUGCAGAUUAAGUGAUGCAGAUUAAGUAUAUUUGUCUUUCAAAAGAUAUAUAAAAGUGUUUUAUUAGAAAAAUAAUGUCAACCACCUUACAAUGUAAGGCUAAACAUAAAUGAAAUUAUGCAAACACAUCUUAUAAAAUUUGUGCCAGUGAACUUGAUCACUUUAAGUGUUUUAACCAUGAAAAUGUACAUUUUUGUCUUUAUAAAGUUAUGUACUACUGUGAAAGGGAACUUCAGAUUUGCUGGGCAGACGCUUUUAGUGCGAUUAUAUUUAGAAUUUAUAUGAUACCAACUGAACAUGGAAUUUUUUGUAGGUAUUCCUCAGCUUUUGUAUUAAGGAAUGAUAAGAUAUUUGAUCUUGAACUUUGUAAUUAUGUUUUGUACCAUGUUCCCUAUUUUCAGAGAACACGUUUUUAGAAUAACUUUUCUCUCAAUAUAUGAUAAUAAGUAGAUGUAUUUUUUUUCAUGACAAACCUGCAAUUCCUAGUUGCCUAAACCUUCAAAAAGUCAUGCCAAUAUUGCAUUUUAUCGGAACUUUGUACAUUUUAUUUUUGUGAACACAACAUAUAUCUGUAUUUGUUCCAAAUAGAGGUUAGAUUAAAAAGAUACUGGUAAAAAGAUUGUUAUUUGAUUUGAAAUAUUUCACAUCUAGAUUUGCAAAAUAGUAUCAAUUAAAUGUUAAAAUAU